AUGCCGGAGACAAUCAGAAGAGAAGACAAUGCUAGGGCAUACCCCGUAAGCGAUGCGCAGCGGCACUACUGUCUUGACGCUGUGAAAAGAAUGCAAGCGAGACAGAACAGACAGAAGAGACAGAAGAACUUGAGAGUUGCGACCCUAAACAUCGGGACGCUGACUGGAAAGAGCAGAGAAAUAGCAGACGUGAUGAAGAGGAGGAGGAUCGACAUACUAUGCUUACAAGAGACAAGAUGGACUGGUGGGAAAUCAGGAGGGAAGGCAAGAAACAUCGGAGAGCUACAAGCUGUACUACAGCGGAGGGGAAAAAAGAAUGGAGUGGCUAUAUGCCUGAGUGAGGAAUGGCAAGAUAAAGUGAUAGAGACCCAGAGAAAGUCCGAUAGAAUCAUAACUAUGAAACUGGUAACACCUGACAAGACGUUCAACAUCGUGACUGCCUAUGCACCUCAGCAAGGUUGUGAAGAAGACGAAGCAGAGAUUUUGGAACCAACUUGA